AUGGAGUGUUGGUCGCGGAAGCGGGAUAAGACGAAGUCCUUUCUGACCAAAUGGAUUGCCGCCAACAAACACAAAAAGGUCUUCAAGGACAUCAGGUUCGAUCCUACUAAGCCGAUUAUUGAAUGUCUAGAGCAACUUUUCAACUGUGCCCACAUUGUCAUUGGUGACGAAUUGCACACCAUUAAGAAUCCCUCUGUAAAUAUGCACACGGCUUUCCGCUUUAUUAGCGCUGAGGCUCACUUCGUUCUACUCAUGACGGCAACCCCCACGCCCUGGUCCCAUGAGGAUCUAGUGGGUCAGCUAAACGUUAUCUACAACCCUCAGCUUAACGACAACGUAUCUGACCUUACUAUAGAGGAAUGCCGCCAGCUUUACAUGGAUGCUUGCCUACUAGAGCGCCGUGCCCUCCACUUAACCGCCAAUGCUUACGCCAAAGCCUUUCCAAGUGUUUUCAAAGACAAGGUUGCCAUCGGCAACGCGUAA